AAAAGAAGCCAAUACCUGUAGAUUUUUUUUUUUCUUUUCUUUUCUUGUAUAAUUCGAUCUGGUACAGAAAAGUAAUUACCACGGUUUGAUGCUUUUCUUCUCCUAAGGUAGAAAUAAAUUGCUAUUCAGCGCCAUAAGCUUGUGAAAAUUAUAUUGUAAUAGCAAAAAAUAUGUUUCUUUGAUUCAAGUUUUUAAUUUUUCCUAUCUGGGUUUUUUAAUUUAUCGAUUAAAAAAAGCUUAGUUGAUUGAAUUUGUCGCUUUCAGAUUUGUUUUUAUCCUUUCUUAAUCUAUAAGAUUUCUUUCUCUCUCUCUUUUUUUUUUCGUUAUUUCACCACCGGGUUUCUCUAGGCAGAGUUGGUAAACUAUUCUACGCGUCGUCUCCUUUGCUCGGUUCAUAUUUGAUCGAAAGCGAGAAUUAAAUUAGUGUAAAGAUGAGAGAAAAGCUAGGAUUUUUAGUGUUCGUGUGGUUUUUGCUUUGUGGGUCUUGCUUUGGGAGAUUUGUCGUUGAGAAGAAUAGCUUGAAAGUGACUUCGCCGGAUUCAGUUAGGGGGAUUUACGAAUGUGCAAUUGGGAAUUUUGGGGUUCCUCAGUAUGGAGGGACUUUGGUUGGGACUGUGGUUUAUCCAAAAGCUAAUCAGAAGGCUUGCAAGGAAUUUGAUGAGGCUGAUGGCUCCUUCAAAUCCAAGCCUGGAGGUCUACCCACUUUUGUUCUUGUCGAUCGAGGAGAUUGUUACUUCACCUCGAAGGCUUGGAAUGCCCAGAGGGGUGGAGCAGCAGCGAUUCUGGUUUCAGAUGACAAGAUUGAACCGUUGAUUACAAUGGACACCCCUGAGGAAGAAAAUGCAGAUGCUGAGUAUCUGCAAAAGAUCAAUAUUCCCUCUGCCCUUAUCAGCAAGUCCUUGGGAGACAGUAUUAAGAAAGCUCUAGCUGCUGGGGAGAUGGUUAAUGUAAAUCUUGAUUGGACAGAGGCUCUUCCACAUCCUGAUGAACGUGUAGAGUAUGAGUUCUGGACUAAUAGCAAUGAUGAGUGUGGGCCAAAGUGUGACAGCCAGAUGGAAUUUGUUAAGAACUUCAAAGGUGCAGCUCAGAUACUUGAGCAAAAGGGUUACACCCAAUUCACCCCACACUAUAUAACAUGGUACUGUCCAGAGGCAUUUAUUCUGAGCAAACAAUGCAAAUCUCAGUGCAUAUACCAUGGGCGGUACUGUGCUCCAGAUCCUGAACAGGACUUUAGUAGAGGAUACGAUGGAAAAGAUGUUGUGGUUCAAAAUUUGCGUCAAGCUUGCUUCUUUAAAGUGGCCAAUGAAAGUGGAAAGCCUUGGCUUUGGUGGGAUUAUUUGACUGACUUUGCAAUCCGUUGUCCAAUGAAAGAGAAAAGAUACAACAAAGAGUGUGCAGAUCAAGUUAUCCAAUCUCUUGGUGGUGAUCUGAAGAAGAUAGACGAAUGCAUAGGUGAUACUGAGGCAGAUGUGGAUAAUGCUGUUCUUAAAGCUGAACAAGAUGCACAGAUUGGCAAAGGCUCUCGAGGAGAUGUGACUAUACUGCCUACCCUUGUUGUAAACAACAGACAGUACAGAGGUAAGUUGGAUAGAGGGGCAGUUCUCAAGGCUAUUUGUGCAGGUUUUCGAGAGACAUCUGAGCCAGCCUUAUGUUUAACUGAAGACAUAGAAACAAAUGAGUGUUUGGAGAACAAUGGCGGGUGCUGGCAGGACAAGAAUGCUAGCCUCACUGCAUGCAAGGAUACUUUUCGUGGUAGAGUCUGCGAAUGUCCUGUGGUACAAGGUGUAAAGUUUGUUGGUGAUGGUUAUACUCAUUGUGAAGCUUCAGGUGCUUUACGUUGUGAAAUUAAUAAUGGAGGAUGCUGGAAGAAAACCCAAGAUGGCAAGACUUUUUCUGCUUGUGAUUCACAAGGUUGCAAGUGUCCUCCAGGAUUCAGAGGUGAUGGAGUCAAUUCCUGUGAGGAUAUUGAUGAAUGCAAAGACAAAACAGCUUGCCAAUGUUCAGAUUGCAAAUGCAAGAAUACUUGGGGUAGUUAUGACUGCAGCUGUGGCAGUGGUUUACUAUACAUGCGAGAACAUGACACAUGCAUAAGUAAAGAUGCAAGCGCAGAAGUUAGCUGGAGCUUUAUUUGGACUAUUAUUCUAGGCUUGGCUGCUGCUGGAAUUGCUGGAUAUGCAAUUUACAAGUACAGAAUUCGGAGAUACAUGGACUCGGAGAUACGGGCUAUCAUGGCGCAAUACAUGCCAUUGGAUAAUCAAGGAGAGAUUCCUGUCCACCAUGCUCCACGUGGGGACAUCUGAGGAGCUUCAUCAGCAUCAUCAUAGGGCUUGUUCUUGGUUUGUUUUAUCAGCUAGUAUCUCACACUUGUAUGUAAAUUUUAAGUUAUAAGUGGCGCCAUUUAAUACCAGGACCACCGUAUAUUUUCCAUAAGAUGUACCAUUUAACAAGCAUAAUAGUUCAGUAUUUCAGUAAUUUUUCAGUUGAGCUUUGGUGCCAUA